AUGGCACAACGCAUCCUCACCACGCCCUCGCGCGCAAAUCCCAACCCACCACCCUCAAAACAAUGGCAUGAACACCUCAACAUUGACCUUAUUAUGACCGUUCUAAAUCGAUCAAUAUUACACCCAUUCAUCGCCUGGAUCAUAGUCCUCUGUCUCCGCGCCCAAGCAACCCCCUACGCGCAUCCCGCAUUCAUUGUCGCAUUCGCCUACGCUACCUUCCUGACCCUCCUUGACAUUGCAUUUAUGAUUAGCGACCGAAUUGCGUUUGGCGUGCCUAGACAAGUCGAUUUGAGCGAGGAGGUUAUUGUUAUCACGGGGGGAGCGAGCGGGUUAGGAAGGUUGGUCGCUCAGAUCUACGGGCUGCGCGGGGCGAGCGUUGCGGUGCUGGAUAUCGCGGAAGCGAAGGAUGUUAAGGGGUGGGAGGAUGUUAGUGGGGUCGAGUAUUAUCGAUGUGAUAUUGGAGUGAGGGAUGAGGUUGAGACCGUGGCGCGGAGAAUUGAAGAGGAUUUGGGUGCACCAACAGUGCUCGUUAACUGUGCAGCAACUCGGAUCAAUGGGCAGACGCUUCUGUCACUAUCUGCCGAAGCAUUCCAGAAGACUAUCCAGACGAAUCUUUUGGCAGUUGUCCACACUUGUCAAGUGUUUCUCCCACACAUGCUAUCUAGCGAGAACGGAGGCACCGUUGUGAACGUUAGCUCGGUCCUAGGACAACUGUGUGCCGCCGGUCUUUCAGACUACUCGGCAAGCAAGGCAGGCCUCAGUGCCCUGCAUCGCACAUUGGAGGCAGAACUCCGGGUAUCAGGAAACGGAGAUAAAGUGAAAACAGUAUUGGUCGAAUCCGGUCAAAUAUCAACACCCCUGUUCAAGUCUAUUAAAACGCCCAACUCCUUUUUCGCGCCUGUGCUUGAACCCAUCCAUGUCGCCCAGGCUAUUGUAUCCAUGAUAGAUCAGGGACAAAGUGGUGUUAUUAGGUUGCCGACGUUCGCUAUGUUUGCCAACCUGUAUGCGGUGUUGCCGAAAGGCCUUCAGCAGAUCGCCCGGUAUCUGAGCGGCAUCGAUUCCGCUGUACCACUAGGGUCAUCUCAAACGAAGCAGGUUGGAGCAAAGAAAACAGGAGUCGCAAGUUAA